AUGAGGACAGGUAUAGACCGAGUCCACAUUACUAUAGGUGGUGGCGAUGAUGAUGAUGAUGAUGAUGAUGAUGAUGAUGAUGAUGAUGAUGAUGAUGAUGAUGAUGAUGAUGAUGAUGAUGAUGAUGAUGAUGAUGGUGAAGUUGCUGGUGGUUGUAGGGGUGUCGGGAGCAUUUUACUCGGUGGCAGAGAUGGUAGAGGUGGCGGUGACCGUCGGCGGUGUGCGCGGAGAUUCGGAGUAACGUUGGGGAGGGCGGACGCCGUCAUGGUCGGUCCAGGGGUUAGAGCAGGGGCGGUCAUGCAGGCAUCAGUUGCGGUUGUCAGGCGAUUGGUGUACCGGCGAAUCCGAUCCGGGCGCGCAAUGUUCGCUGACAGCGCGGGCGUGUUGGGUGGGGUUGAGUGACGAUGUUGCGGAUCAGAGGCGUCUAAGACUUGCGAGUUUACCUCUAGGCUUUGUCGCCUCUCAGAUUGCUAUGCCAGUCUUCACUGCUUUUUGCCAGGCCGGCCUGUUUUGGGCCAGGUCCCUGGAUUAAAGUGCGGUCGCUUCAUAGAUUUCUUCAGAGUGUCCUUGUGGUUUCGUUUUUGUCCUCCCAGUCGGCAAGCAUUCAAAGCGACAUCUCCGCAAAAGAGGGCGCAUAGUCCGCCCUCACGAGUUGGCCGCUCUAUCGCAGUUGCAGUUGUCUUAGCAUAGCGUGAAUGCUGAGAAUCCCCGUUCAUUCCAAGACUUCCGUAUCCGGGAUCCUGCCCUGCCAUCUCGAACUCAGUAUUCUGAGGAGGCAGUUGAGAUGGAAUUGACUGAGUUCCCUUGA